UAAUACCCAAGAACAACGAGUCUCCCGAGCCAAUUAACCUGAGAUUCUUUUGUUGUCGAAGGAGAAUCAAAACCCUUUCCAGUGGUCAUUCUUUCCAACGAUGUUGUUGUCUUCGCCAAUAUUCAUGAGAGUAAUGAAUGCAACUGCCUUGGAAUCGUACGCAGUGAUGACAAAGUUGGAACUCAUUCACAUACUCAUCUCUAGUGGUACAACAGAGGAAGAGAUAUACAAGUUAUCCAAAGACGUGCUUAAGGUCCUUGACGAGCCUGAACAGCUCGAUGUUUACUUUCCCGAUGGAGUCGUAGAUCAUCCCAUACACAUUAUUGUCAAAACGUCUAAACGAGUAGUAUAUAGCUCAAAAAAGCAGUUGAGAUCAGCUGGAGGAUGACAGGAAUGAAGAGCUCCUCCAAAAGGUUAAGCUAGAAGAGGAGGGCAUUAUAUGGGGGCGAUUUAAGCAGCAGGACUUAACCAAAACACUGUAAUGAUGUUGAUGUUUACUUCUCCCUCCUUACGAGUAAAGAGCUGGUUCCAGUACUACAGAAUGCUGGACAGAGAGUGACUGGGAAGACA